AAGUAGUAGACCAUCUGGGAAUCUUUGGCAUGCUGUUUUCAACAUACCGGUAAUAUGAUUUGGAACAUACUAAUUCUAGUUUCGAAUACUAUUUAGGAUGGAUAGUAUGCGAUUGGUACGCAGCACAACACAGGAAUUACGCAACAUACGUCAUUUCCCAUGCUAGUAGUAAACAGGAAGCGCACUGAUACCGUAAGGAGACGUCAAUUGAAAGAAACAUGGAGGGUUUGAAGUUUUCUAGCAACACCAUGCAGGUGAGUUUUGUGUGUCAGCGCUGCAGUCAACCACUGAAGCUCGACACAUCCUUCAACGUCUUAGACAGAAUGACUAUCCAUGAGCUCACAGCUCCAUUAUUGACGGUGACAGCCAAUAAACAGUCGGAAAGCAGUGAGGGCAGCCGUUUUCCUGAGGAGACCUUUUUGGAGAGCAAACAGGAUGGUGUGUCUCGGAAAUACAUCCCACCCGCAAGGUAUGAUGACCCUGAUGGCACCUGUCUUUACACAAACACAUAUGUUCUGGUUAGAGCUGCAUGA